AUCCCCUAGGCUGGAAAAAUAAGUUACUACAUUUUUAAUGUUUCUGCAUUUAGAUGGCUAUGUGCAAUAAUUUAAGCAUGAGUAAAGUGAACUCUCAAAGGACAUGUAUCUCUUCCAGUUAGGAUAUAUGUCAAUCCUUGUAUCACCCCUGAAACCAGGAGCUAAUUUCUCUUACUGUUUGGUCAGGUCAGUGAAGGGUUGAUAUUAUACCAGCACGUAGACUGUGAGAACACUGGCUGGACUGCGGAAGAAUCCUUUACAUUCACAGCCUCCUCCCCAUCAGCAGCCCUGGGACCCGAGGAGUUCUGUAUUACUAUUUCAUAUGAUAUCAAUGAGCCUGGUCAGCAGAGUUGUCUGCUUGCAAAUACAGGUCUCUUCUAUUUUAUCUCAUAAGCUUAAACAGUUGUACUAGGAGAAGGAUGACAACUUAGCUUUAAAGAAUUUUAUUUGCACCUCCAAGUGGGGACUUCACUGUGCCCAUGACAGAAAACUGUGGAUAGAAAAUGAAAAUGACAAAUAGGGAGCUUCUGUCAAGGAGGGAGACAAGGUUCUGAUUGGCCAAUUUAAGUUAGAUGCUUCCAACCUCUUAUUUAAAUUGCCUGAAUCUCAGUGCUUUUCCCGUGAAAUUUGGUUCCAAGUGACAUCUCUUCCUCACCACAGAACAAUUAUGGUUGGAAAAAGAAAUAUUACCAAAGGUAAACCCAGUUUCUACCAGUAUAUAAUUAAUAAAUUUGGAAUUACAUACAUUCAUGAUGACUCUGAAUCACUGGCUGAUAAUUUUACCUUUGUCGUUUGGCCAAACCAAAAGAGCAAGUCCACCACCAAGCCAGAAGCUGACUUUCUUGAAGAGAUGUUUAAUAUCACCAUCUCUCCAGGUAAUAUUAUUAUAAUGACCAGGCACCAGAAUUAAAGACAAAGGGGCUUCAGUUGAAAGUUCUGCAGGGCAGUAGGUUGGCUGUGGGACCUGAACAUCUGAAAAUGGAAGAUCUGGACAGUCCUCCAGAUGAAAUCAGAUAUAUGAUCAUCCGUAAUCCUAAUAAUGGCUUUUUGACAAUGGCUUACCUUCUGGACACAGCUGUUCACCAUUUUACACAAGCUGACAUUGAUAACUCUCAGGUGUGUUUCACACAGGAUGGAAGCCCUUCCUCUGGAAUGUUCCACUUUAGUGUGACAGAUGGUGCACACCACAGCCUCUAUAAACUCUUCCACCUGGAUGUCAUUCCCAUCUCCAUCAGCAUUGUGAACCUUACUGACCUACUUCUCCCACAAGGCCAGACAACCAUCCCCAUCACCAAUGCUCACCUGUCAGCCAUGACCAAUGGGAGGAACCCCCAAAUCACUUACAUGAUAACAUGGCCCCUCCAACACGGGCACCUGCUGAUUGAAGACCAGGUGGUCACCAACUUUGGACAGGAAGAUUUGGAUUCAAGAAGACUCUUUUAUCACAUGACAAAUCUCACUGCCACACAGGACCAGCUACAGUUCUCGCUGUUUACAUCAGAAAGCAACCUGACAGGACAAACACUGAACAACAGAGUGCAGCCUUUACUGCGGGUUAUGCCAAACCUGAAAAUUGCCGACAGAGUGGCUCAUCAGCUGAGAAGAAGGGACCUAGAUGCUACCGUGUUGCAGGAAGUCAGGGACCCCGAACAGAGGGACCGGCUGAAGCCAUGGCAGAAGAACAUAAAUUGUGAAGAUUUCAUGGACAUUUAUUAGUUCCCCAAAUUAAUACUUUUAUAAUUUCUUACACCUGUCUUUACUGCAAUCUCUGAACAUAAAUUGUGAAGAUUUCAUGGACACUUAUCACUUCCUCAAUCAAUACCCUUGCAAUUUCCUAUGCCUGUCUUUACUUUAAUCUCUUAAUCCCGUCAUCUUCGUAAGCUGAGGAGGUAUGUCACCUCAGGACCCAGUGAUGAUUGCGUUAACUGCACAGAUUGUUUGUAGAGCAUGUGUGUUUGAACAACAUGAAAUCUGGGCAACUUGAAAAAAGAACAGGAUAACAGCAAUGUUUAGGGAACAAGGGAGAUAACCUUAAACUCUGACUGCCAGUGAGCCAGGUGGAGCAGAGCCAUAUUUCUCUUCUUUCAAAAGCAAAUGGGAGAAAUAUCACUGAAUUUCUCAAGGAACAUCCCUGAGAAAGAGAAUGCAUCCCUGAGGGGAGACCUCUGAAAUGGCCACUUUGGGGAUGGUAGUCUUUUAUGGUCGUAGCUGAGGGAUGAAAUCAGCCCCCAUCUCCCGUAGUGCUCCCAGGCUUAUUAGGAAGAGGAAAUUCCUGCCUAGUAAAUUUUGGUCAGACCGGUUGUCUGCUCUCAAACUCUGUCUCCUGAUAAGAUGUUAUCAAUGACAAUGCGUGGCCGAAACUUCAUUAGCAAUUUUAAUUUUGCCCUGGUCCUGUGGUCCUGUGAUCUUGCCCUGCCUCCAUUUACCUUGUGAUAUCUUAUUACCUUGUGAAGCAUGUGAUCUCUGUGACCCACACCCUAUUCGUACACUCCCUCCCCUUUUGAAAAUCACUAAUAAAAACUUGCUGGUUUUACGGCUCAGGGGGCAUCAUCGAACCUGCUGACAUGUGAUGUCUCCCCUGGAUACCCAGCUUUAAAAUUUC